AUGUGGUUCUGCAACUUUUCGCCCAUGCUGCUGAUUUUUCCCCUUGUCUCUCCCUGCCGCUUUAAAGGAGGUUGUAGUAGCGACACUGCGGCACUGAAGUACUCACUAAGGCGGGUCAUGGUGUAUGUGGAUCUUUUUCAUCUGCUCACAGUGUGCGUGAGAGGGGCGCUGGCGGCCCAGCGGUACAUCGUGCUGGAGUUACUAAAGGUUCAGGACCUCGACACGCAGCAGCCCACGGUUGCCAUCAUGGAUCAGGACUCACAAACAAAGAAGACUCUGAUGGCCUCACUGCACCGCGCGGUGACAGUGAAAGUCAAGGGACACUUCUACCACAAGAACGGCGACGCUGCUACUGACCUGGUAACCACGGCAGAUCUCGUGACGCAGGCCGUCAUCGAACAAGUUCUGGGGGAUGCAUUUCCUGACAUGCCCUUUACCAUUGUUGGCGAGGAAGAGCCGGCAAGCCGUACCGUGAAAUUUAUGGCGGCAUACUGUGUGGAAAAGUACUACAAGGGGCUCACUGCAAUUCCGUAUCAGAGCGAGCUUGAGGCCCACGUACGCUGCACGAGGAGUCAGGUGAGUGCUGCAUCAUGGAGGGAGCUGCGCGAGAGGGUCGGUGUGUUCGUUGACCCCGUUGACGGGACAAACUGCUUUGUUGAGGGACUGUGGGAUGUGCCUCUGACGCUUGUGGGUCUCACACUUGACGGGGCACCGGUCGCCGGGGUGGUGAACCGCGUCUUUCGCUUCAGCUUGGAUCAAAUGACUUCUAACAGCAGCAGCACAAGCCUCUCGUAUGUGUGGAACUUGGGCCCCGGUAUACCCUUCAUUGUGCAUGAGGGUCAGCGUGUAGCACCGGAUGUUGCUGCAAAACCUGCUGCUGCAGGCAGCGUGCUGCGUGUGGCCAACUCCAGUACAACGGACAGCAGCUACUUUGUCCGCGUGGUUUCGAAGCUUGCCCCCAUCGAGCAGCGUGAAGCAAGGGGUGCGGGCAACAAACUGUUGUUUCUUGUCUCAUCGAUGCUUGCGGGGUCGUCAACUACGCAGAGUUGCGACGUGUUCAUCUCACCAGAAGACACCAUCAAGAAGUGGGAUACGUGUGCGCCCCAUGCGUUUGUCCUGGCGCUGGGCGGGGAGCUGCACACACUUCGCGGCGAGCUGGUGCGAUACCCGGUGCGUGGGGGAGAGCGAGCUCGGCUUCCCGCUGGUGUUCUGGGCGUCUCACGUUGCUCUAAAUUUGAAGUUAUGCGGCGCCUGGGUUGGCUUUCCUCGUCCCUUUAA